UGAACAGCCAUUUUUUUGUAAAACACAAACAAGACGAGACAGAAAAACGGCGAGCGUUGUAAAAUAAGGAAAAGUAAAUAUUCAGUUCGUUAUCGUGUUUGUAGAAGAUAGCUGCAGAAAUUAUAUAUAUUUAAGUCGAAUUUGUCUGUUACUGCGAUGCACGCGCGUGCAAAAGGAAUAAAGUCGUAGAUAAGUUUACGUAAAGGUAUUAGCUGGCUGGCUAGCCUGCUGCCGCUUGCUUGCCUGCUUGCUAGCUAGCUAGCUAUCAGGCUCCCAUUUUGUUCAUCUUGCAGAAGAAAAAAGGUCAGACGAGAGACGAGACGAGACAGAAAGAGAGAAACGUCCGGCGAUAGUGACCGCACGAAACACACCUCAACUGCCCUGAAACACUCGCUCAUAUCCAUGUUCACUCACAGUGUGUGUGUGUGAAAUACAAAUCGCUUAUUUUUUCUACGUUAACUCUUUUUUUUUUUUUCCUUUGAGCUCUUAUAUUCAGUGUUUGGCAGCUAUCAGUUCACUGAUAUAGAGCUCUGAGAAGCAACACACACACACACACACACACACACGGCAUCGUACAGCAACACUGCUCCUGCUGUCUCGCUCGCCCUGGUAAGAGCAGAACCUUUGAGCCCUGAGGACGAGGAGAACAUGACUGCUGAGACACUUAACUUCGGUCCAGAAUGGCUCCGUGCACUAUCCAGAGGAGGGAGCGUCACGUCCCCUCCUCCUUCCCCAGCAAUGCCAAAGUCCAAGCUGGCCGAGUACCGCUACGGCCGCGAGGAGAUGUUAGCACUUUAUGUCAAAGAUAACAAGGUCCCCGAGGACAUGCAGGAUAAGGAGUUUGCUGCCAUCCUGCAGGACGAGCCGCAGCAGCCCCUGGCUCUGGUGCCUCUGACCGAGGAGGAGCAGAGGAACUUCUCCAUGUCGGUGAACAGCGUGGCCGUGCUGAGGCUCAUGGGCAAAGGGGGCGGGGCUGCCCCAGUGGGCGUGUCCCGAAGCCGAGGGAGCGCUAGAGGAGGACGAGGGAGGGGAAGAGGAGAAGGAGGGUUCUACCAAAGAGGAGUGGACGAGGAGGUGGGAUUCGGACGCAGCCGAGAGGUGCACCGCAGCCAAAGCUGGGACGACAGAGGCGAGCGUCGUUUUGAGAAGCCGCUGAGGAGAGAGGGAGGACGCGGAGGGUUAGAGGACGGAGGGAUGGGACGGAAGGAUUACAAUCGCUCCGACAGCGAUAACUGGCGCAUUCUCCGCGAGGAGCAGGACGAGGAAGAGGGAGGAGGAGGAGGAGGAGGAGGAGACGCAGGCGGGAGCUGGAGAGUGGCCGGGACACGCCGUGAUGACGGAGGCCCGCGCUCGGCCGGAUGGAGAGACCACGGAGACGGACGCCGCAGAAAGUUCGAGUUCGAGUUCCGGGAAGGCGACGCGGUCCGACGGAGGGCAGGGAGCGAGGGAGGAGAAGAGGAGAGGGACGGGCUGCCGGAGUGGUGCACCGACGAAGAGGAGGGAGAGAUGGGCACCUUCGAUUCGUCCGGAGCGUUCAUGUGCGUCAAGAAGACGUCGAGAGACGCGAUCCCUGAAGACCAGGAGCUGGAGUUCGAGGCUCUGGAGGAGGAAGACGAGGCCGAGCGGGAGAAGAAGGACGGCUCUGCUGAGAGAGCGGAGGACACCGAAGCGUCCGGAGCGUCUGAUGGUGGAGAGAUAAAAACUACUACUUCUUCUUCUUCUUCCUCUUCUCCUCCUUCUGCCUCCGUUUCUGUCUCUGCUCUCGGCUUAGAACAGGAAACACACCUACCUUCUGUUGCUCCGCCCACAAAGUUCAGCCUCCAGAUUAAUGAAGACGCAGCUCCAGUAGGGGGCAGCACUCAGCCGCCUCAGAGCUCUCCUCCCGCUGGGACUUCGUCUCCUCCCGUCACCGCCGCUGACGUCCUGCCACCCGCAGGCGACGCCGAGGAGGAGGACGGCAUGACGCACAUGCAGCAGGAGGCGGAGAAGAUGGUGGCGUCUCUUCAGGACACGUCUCUGGAGGAGGAACGUUUCACACAGGCGCUGCAGGAGAGCCACGGAGCUGCUGUUACUCGCACACACACUCACCCCACCGCACACACACACUCCCACCCCAACACACACACCCUGCCUCACUCCGCCGGCGCGCUGCCGCUCACUCACGAGUCGGCCAUGAAGUGGUUCUACAAAGACCCUCAAGGAGAGAUCCAAGGCCCGUUCAGCCCAGUGGAGAUGUGCGAGUGGUUCCAGGCCGGUUAUUUCACGAUGACCCUGCUGGUGAAGAGAGGCUGUGACGAGGGCUUCCAGCCGCUGGGGGACGUCAUAAAGAUGUGGGGACGCGUGCCUUUCUCUCCCGGACCCUCACCUCCUCCUCUACUGGGUAACAUGGACCAGGAGAUGUUGAAGAAGCAGUUGGAGCAGGCAGCCACCGCAGCUCUCUACCAGCAGCUCCAAAUGAGAUUCCAACACAUCAACAGGUGUGGUGAGACAGGAAUGAUGCCUGCUAUGAACCGGUCUGUGCCAGAAGCCUGGGACAUUCAUACCUCAUCCUCACAGACACCAGGUAGAGUUCACACUGCUUUAUACACACACACACACUACACACAUAUACAUUACACACACACACACUACACACAUAUACAUUACACACACACACACACACACACUACAUACAGGAGAGAGGAGGAGGAACUGUACAGGCGCAAACGUGAGCAGCAGUGUCGUCAGCAGGAGCUCCUCAUGAAGCUGCUCCAGCAGAGUCAGCAGCAGCAGCAGCAGCAGCGGGAGGUGCAGGGAGGUGCAGGCUGGAGCUCGGCCCAGGCAGGGACGCUCUCUCUGGGUAAAGCUCAGGGGAAGAACCUCGGUCUGCUGGAGCAGCAACAGCAGAGAGCUCAGCAGCAGCAGCAGAGGCUGGCGAUGGGGCAGUGGAGUGACGGAUCAGUGGGAAUGUGGACAGGAAUGGAGGGGAAGCUCAGCGGCACCAGUGGUGGCAGCAGUAUGGGCAUCUGGGACGAGGCGGUUAAAAACCAGGUCAAUCAUCGUAACAUGGGCAUGAAGAACAGCAUGAGUAACCCCUCAUUCAGUAGUAGUGAGCAGUACGUGCUGAACCGUCGGAAGCGGACGGAGGAAGAGGAGCGGCUGCUGAAGCUGUUACAGGGCAUGAAGCCUCAGCAGGAUGGAUUCACCACAUGGUGUGAACAAAUGCUGCACGCUCUCAACACCUCGGCCAACAACUCGUCCUCCUCUGUGGAUGUGGCCACCAUCGUGGCGUAUCUAAAGGAGGUGGAGUCGCCGUACGAGGUUCACGACUUUAUCCGCUCGUACCUGGGCGACACGGUCGAAGCCAAAGAGUUCGCCAAGCAGUUCCUGGAGCGCCGUGCCAAGCAGAAAGCCAACCAGCAGCGACAGCAGCAGCAGCUGUGUAAGGAGAUCGCGGGACUGAACAUGAACUUCCCCUUACAGUCUGUGUUCCAGUCGAGCCACAUGAGUAAAAGUGGCAGCAUGUACGACAGCCAGGGCGGGAAAAUGAAGAAGAAACCCAGCAUGAUGCUCCACUCUGAUCCCAGCAUCCUCGGUUACUCAUUUUUGGGCUCGAGCGAGCGGAUGAUGCUGGGAGAGAUGGAGGCGGUGGAGGAUUACUGAUCCAGCAGAACCUUACUUAAGUCUACCUGAGGCCUUAACCUGGAGCAAACUAGCAGACGAAUGUGCACUGCUCUCUCGCUCACUCCCUCUCUCACCCACUCUCUCGUUACGUCUCUCGUCCAGACGAGGACGGAGAGUGGAUCAGAGGUACGGUGUGUGGAGGGAGCUCUCACACCUCUUUGUCUAAGCACCUUAACUAAGCUAUUGCACUUUAUUACCAGAGUUUCAAUAUUUGAAAUUGAGUUUUUGUCUUUUUUUUUUUUUUGUUUGUUUGGUUUUUUUUUUUUUUUUACACAAGGCAAAAAUGUGUGAAUAUAUCAUUACGUAUAUAUUAUGUGUAGAACCGUUUGUAUACAAACGUGUGUAUGUGUGUGUGCACGUGCGCAAGAGUGUGUGUGUGUGUGUGUGCAUUCAUAAAUUAGCCAGAUCGGAGUGUGAGAAUGCGCUCUCAAAAGACAAACACUGUCGUAUUAUUUUUUUUUUGUUUUGUUUUCAUAUGAAAGCUAUAAAAUCGAAAAACUUGAACAUUUGCACUUGUUUAAGAAAAAUGAAAAAGUUACAAAAAAAAAAAAGAAAAGAAAGUUACAUUAGGUUGAUAUUUUUUCGGAUUGUGUGUGAGCGAUUUGAAGAAAAGUCUGCACAAAGAACUUUAUUACCGAGAUGUAUAAAGGAAAUGCCAUGUUUUUAUUUUGUUCAAGAGAAAUUUUUGUAUUUCGACGAAGUGUGUGUGUGUGUGUGUGUGUGUGUGUGUGAGAGAGAGAGAGACGCGAGUGUGAGCAUGUGCUAGCCCAUUUUUCACUUGUAUAUAGGAGGUUCUUAAAGAGACAGAAAACAUAGGACUGGGUGGUGUGUGUGUGUGUGUGUGUGUGUGUGUGUGUGUCUGUGGUGCUGUAUUGACUUUUUUUUCCUCUGUUUUUUUGAGGAAGUUUGAGAGUAUUAGGCCUCGUUCCAAUCCUGUUUUUAACACACCCUUGUCGACUUCCCCGCGGUCGCCAUCUUAAGCGCUACAUCAGCUCGAGUGAGGGAUCGGCGUCGAGACUUCGUAGGAAAGAGACGCAUAAUCGUACAUCUAUACGCGACGGCUCUAUUUCAUUCCGCUAGCUAACGGUGACUUCCUCCAUGGCGUAAUUUUCUUUUGUAACAAAGAAACCGUAGACAACGUGGUGUAUACGUAACAUUUCAAAACUCUAACGCGUGGAUGGUCAGGUCAUGUUCAGGUUGGGAUUUAUUACUCCAGGUUCCUUUGUUAAUUAGAUAAUGAUAAAAAAACGCUAGCUCUUUAGCACACCGUUAUUGUCCUGUCGAGUGAGCGAGUGAGCGAGUGAGCGAGUGAGCGCUUCGAGUGAGUCGAUGAACAGUGUUGAAGCGUUAAUAGUGUAGCUCUUCUGUUCUCUUUAAAACACCACAAAACUGUGUAACAUUAUUUCUCCCUAUUUUGGAGGAGCACAUGUGAACUAAUUGCCUUUUGAGCAUGUGUGUGUAUGUGUGUGUGUGUGUGUGUGUGUGUGUGUGUGUGUGUGUGUGUGUGUGACAGAGAGAGAGAGAGAGAGUCAAUCUUACUUUUCAUUGCUGUUUAAGAAAAAAAAAAAAAAAAAGAAUGAUGGAUUUAUUUUUUUAUCGUUGCAUACAAAGUAUCUGAAACUUCUGUGAUCUGAUCUGAUUUGGAGCACUUUCAAGGCUGCUAAGUUAUUGUCAUAUAGAUUUUUUUUAUUCUUUUGAUUUGUGUUGUUUUUUUGUUUUGUUUUUUUUGCAACCUUGGGAAGUUUUAUUACAAAUGAAUGUAUUCCUAAAAUGUGUAACGGAGCGUCACAACGAGUCUGGCGUCUUCACUCACUUCAAAGUCUGACGGGCUUUCGACAAGAAAAACAGACAUUUUCAGAAGGAAAUGUCCUGCUGUUCUUCCAGAACUUUCUCCAGCAGUGAACCUCGGGCCAAUCAGAGCCAAGGACGGGCACCGUGUAGCAGUAGAAGACUUUUUUUGUUUUGUUUUGUUUUUUUUUUUGGAAAGGUGUUUUGUUUUUUUUGUUGUUGUUGUUUUUUCUUCUUCUUUUUGCCCUAAUCUUCAGUAAAGACAGAGACUUCUGAAGCCUGGAACUGAGGAUUAUUAUUAUUAUCGGUACUUGAUCUAGAGGAAAGGAAACAUAUUUCACUUUUUUCUUUUUCUCGUUCUGGAGUAUAUUUUUGCAAAAGAAGAAGAAAAAUAAGAAAAGAUAUGUAAGAAGCAGCAAUAAGGACAAGAACAUGUGUGAGGACAUGCAUUCUCCUGGAGAAGUGGAUUUGAGCCUCAUACUGCAUCCUGGAGGGAAAAAAAAAAAAAAAAAAAAAGGACCUUCAGUCUCAUGAAAUGGACUCAAGUCUCCUACAUCGUCCCUGAGAAGUGGACUCGUGAGGUGGAGUCUGGUGGACUCACAUCAUCUACAGCGUUCCAAGUCCUCAAGGAGUGGACUCGUACAGCGUCCACCAUCUUGGAGAAGUGGACUUCAUUCUGGAGAAGAACGCGAGGUGGACUCGAGAAACGGACUCGAGUCGUCUUUGUCAUAUGAAGGAAAAUUCAACGCUGUGGCUGAAAACAGAAGCAGAUGAGCUCCUGGAGAACAUUAGGGUGUGUUAAACCCUUGGAUUUGGAUGGAGAACUUGUAAAGAACAACACAGUGGAAGUUCCUUUACCUAGUGGACUAGAACUGCAGAGAGAGACUGCUGCAGGUCCUCGAGGAAGAGGAACGAGUGAAACCACCGAGUUUCAGCGUGAGGACAGUGUCCCUGUGAUCGGAGUCCGGUUUCUACCGGAAGGAAGACGUCACGAUCCGUCUGAGGCUUCGACACACUGAACUGAAUCCUCUCGCCUUCUCACACGCUGUACUUUCUCUAUUUUUAAGGCGUGUGCCGAUAAUCGGUUAGUCAAUAUAUCACGAUACUCAGUAUACGCAAGACAUUAGCGCUGUUCCAUUUAGCAAAGCCGAGACGCUAGUAAACUAACGUGACUGCGCGCUAGCAGCGCUGCUGUACGAAGAGGAAGCCGAGGCCGGUGUACGGCGAUCAGAACAGCUACAGGAUAGAAUUUUUGGCAAAAUUCAAAAUAUCGUAAUCAUACAUAGAAAAAUGGUGUAUCGGCACAUGCCAACUAUUUUCCUCCUUCCUCCCCACUUAUACUUUUCUUUUUUUACUUUAAAUUUCCUCCUCUUGGUCAUGUGAUCUAUAAGAGCGGAGCUUAAGUUAAACUAGAUCAUCAUGACUAUGACAUCACAAUAUUUUAUCUUGCUAACAAAAUUGGUGCCUGUUUUUAAUGAGGAAAUGCAGUUAACGCAACAUUAGCUAGCUUGCUUGAAAACAUGGUGAUUAUUUUUAAUUUCACACGAUACUAACGUUCUCAGAGUGCUACCUUCACGUAGCUAGCUACUCAAGCUGACAAAUGAUGUUAAAUACGAUAUCUUACGAGACGAUCGGAUCACCUUAAGCUCCGCCCUUUUUGUGUAUAUAAUGUAAAUUUUCUUUAUUUUUCCAAACAAUUUUCCUCUUGUUUUCGUUGCCAUGCCUUAAACUGUACAGUGGACAAUUUUAUCUCGACUUGCUAGCUCACGCGAGUGUGCAGCAACAAUCCGGACGCAGACACGCCCUCAGCUGUGGGACAUUUCCACUCGGCUCUGUAAAUACCGUUUCCAUGCUACGACAGUUUUAAGGUAUUAUCGAAGUUUGCGAGUCGUUUUAGCAGAAAAGGACGUUAGCCCCGCCCAUGCUCCAUCCCUCGCUCCACCAGCUACGGCAGACGAGCGGACACGGAGGGCGGGGCGAGUGGAGUUUUUGCUUUGAGAACAAAAAACUAUGUUAAACAGAAAAUAAAGUUUUUAAAGGUUGAAGCCGUUUCCUGCUUGGAUGAUUUUGGUUGCAUGUUUACAGACAUUAAAGUCUAAGAGAGACGUUGUGUA